CGGCCAUCUUAGCUUUCUUUUUUUUUCUGACGUGAAUCAGCGAAGUUUCUCCACACUCCGCGAGUACGAGUGCUGGCUUCGUGUCGUGUUCGUGGUAGUCUGCUUGCGAAAGCCAAGUAUCGGCAAAUUGUGACACAUUUAGUGUUUUCUGUGUCCAAUCAGAAUGGCUGACUUUGCUACAGGAGGUACACAGCAGCAACCCAAAGGCUGGAAUGCUCUUCGGAAACAUGUCAUGGAUUAUAAAAUUGAUGUUGCCCUAUGGGCAACUCGAAUUGCUAACCUUAUCUUUACAAUUGGUUACUUCAUCCCACUCUUUUGGAAUCCAUACAAUGCAUACUACAAAGCAUUAAUGGCUAAUGCUGCUACCAGUGCACUUCGCCUUCAUCAAAGACUUCACCCAGUUUCAUUCACAAGGCAGUUUUUCAUGCAGCUAAUGACUGAAGAUAGUUGUCAUUAUUUGUUUUAUGCUAUGAUUUUCCUCUACGUUCCACCUGUGACUCUUGUUUUAUUACCUGUUGCUCUUUUCUCCCUGUUACAUUCAGCUAGCUACUCUCUUCAGCUUCUUGAUACACUUGGUCAAAACUCUUGGUGGGGUGCUCGUUUGGCAAUUUCAGUGGUUGAGUUCCAAUCUAGAAACAUCUUGCGCUUGAUCUCAUUUUCUGAGAUUUUCCUGAUGCCGUUCACUGUUGUCCUGAUCUUGCUAGGACGUGCUGGACUUUUCACCCCAUUCAUGUACUACCAGUUCCUCGUUAUGAGGUACCGUUCAAGACGUAACCCCUACACACGGAACAUGUUCUUGGAGCUUCGUGCCCUUCUUGAAAAUACAGCAAAUAAGCCAUCGACCCCAGCUUUCCUUCGCAACAUGAUUAUGUCAAUUGUGACAUUUACAUGCCGUUUGGCCCCUGAAGUGCCAGCCCAGUAGGUUAAUAAUGAAAGGCAGCAUAUUCAUCAAAAUACAUUACUCUUCAUUCCUUGCAGGGUCUUUAUUUUUGAAAUUUUUCAUUAUGUUCAAACAAAGGCAUAUGUUACCCUCAGUAGCUGUAGUUUAAUUUUCCCCUGCAGUAUUUUAACUUUCUCUGAACAUUUUUGAUCUUUCAUGUGAAAGCUGUAAAGGGGUGUAGAGUUACCUAGAACUCGGGACUCAUUCCUACUGAAGUUUUUACAGUUGCCAUACAUUAAAAUUUUAUAUUCUGUGAUAUCUAAAAUUUUCUGUCUUGUUUGUUUUACGAUAUGUUUUCCCUUUCUUUAUUCCAUGACAGUAUUCCCCAUAGUCAAAAAAAAAAAAAAUUCCACUUAUCAAUUUUAAUAAGUUCGACAAUUCCUUUGUUAUCAACACUGGUUUUACCCAGUGUUCACUUAACUGGGUCAUAUUGCUGUAUACUGUAAGGGGAGUGAUUUUGCUCAUUUCUAUUUCAACCUAACAAGGUUGUUAGACUGUUGUCAUAGACUAUUACUCUUGUUUGUGAAAGAUGGUGUUGCCAAUGCCGCCUGGCAGCUUGGGUUGUUUUUUUUUAUUAUUAAUAUUAAUUUUUGUUGUUGUUAUGUUCACUUAAAAUUUGACAGAAAUUUCUAUCAAUAUUGAAAAAGUAUGCGUAAAGUGGACCAAUGUUAUAGACUGGGCAUGACAAAAUGGCCAACGUUUGUGAAUUGAGCACACUUGUGUUCUUGUAUGUAUGUGUGUGUAUUACAUUGUUUCUUUUUCUUCAUAUUUCAGAUUUUAUUCUUUCCGAUGGUUUUGGAAAUGUUUUACUGUAUUUGUAAUAUCUAGAUGUCUUGUUUUUGUUUUCUAUAAUUCUAAAUUAUUAUGUUAACCAAAGCAAUAUGUUCGUCACAUGCCCACCACACAUUUCUUUCUGUGCAUUUUCGGAUUUGCUCUCAGAUUCAGUUAGUGACUAUCUUUGUUAGUCUUGCUCAAUUCUCUUUGAACAAACUAGAGCAUCAGUAUUUUUCUUUAUCUCAGCUGCUUAGAGUUGGUGUUCCAGCCAUCUGUUUGAUCAGUGGAGUCUGUUGCAUUAUAGCUGCAGAAGUUGGGAAGGAUUGACCUCAGCUGCUGGCUUCUAUUUUGUAUCAUAAUUUGUGGACAGUGAGGUCUUAAUAUUUCAGGUUGUGUUGCAUAAGUAGUGAAUCUGCUGUGAUUACCAAGUGUUUUCUUGUCAAUAUCCUAUGCUCUGUUUAUUCAAUACUUUUUGUCUUGUCUAGAUUCAAAAGAAAAAAUAUGUUUCCUGUUGAGGUUAUUACUGCAAAUGCACAGUGCACCUCUGUGGCAAUCUGUGUGAAGAGGUUGAAAUGGGAUGUAAGCUCCGUAGCAACAUUCCUAUGGACUGGUUUGCUUUUGUUUUAUUGUAGUAUUUGAGUCAUUCUUCCUUGCCCACAGGUCUUUGUAAAUGUUCAAAUGAGUGCUUUUAUCAGUGUUGUGGAUUUUGACUGAAUAUUUUUUCUGACUAAGAUAGCUGCUUUAAUUUGAAUACUGUAUUUUCUACAAGUGUGAUACCAUACCACUGUGCAUGCUAUUGUUAUUGUGUCAGAGUAGCUGAUAAAUCCAAUGAAUGUUGUUUUUUAAAAUUAUGCUUGCAGUGUUACCGUUGAGUAAACUAAACAUUAACCUUAGCCAUGUGUUUUGUAAACUUGGAGUCAAAUUUUCUUACUGUGCAGAGUACUGCAAAGUAUCAUUAUACUCGCUUUUUUAUUCUAUCAUUAAUGUUCUCAUUUGAUUUAACUAAAAGUACGUUGAUCUGGGCUUGUGGUUCUGUUUCUUUUUUCUUAUUAACAUCUUGUUGGCCUAUCUGUGGUGUGAAGUUCUUCUCUUUUCACUGCAAACUCUUUGAAUUUCCAAUUGCACGUAUGAUUUUAAAAUCUGGUCUAGGACUAGUGUAUUUCUCCGUCAAUGCUCAUAUAAAGCCAUUGAGUGUAAUCUCAUGUAUUAAAGAGCAUGUUGUGAAACAGGACUCUUUUUGUAAAUAAAUUGCUAAGGUAACUGGUGUACAA